GUACACAUCAUCGACCACAUCGCGACACACAUCACGGCGAGAUGACAUCCUAUGGAAAGCAGCGGCAAUGGGGAUUGUUGAGAGUCGUUUUGGCCAUGGCCAUCGGCAGCAUUGACCUGGGCGCAGCCGUAAUACUAGUGUAUAACGAGGGCACGACGCGGUUCGAUGAUGUGCCGUCGAUGGACAACUUCGGUCCGAGAAUACCUGAAGAGGGAUUCGCAGGACGGCUCCAACUGGCCCAACCGAACGUGUACGCCUGUUCCGCCAUCAGCGGGCCAUUAUCCACCACAGCAGUAGCGUCAGCAACAGCCGUCAACGAGGCAGCGGGCGAACUAGAUUUUGGAGGCGCCGCUCCACCAUCAAGGACCCGCGCACACAGCGGGGUAAGCCGCGGGAUGCCACUGGCAGUAUCGCGGCAACCCCCUCGCGGCGAGAUCUUGGAGGCGGUUUCGACGACAGCAGCGGCGACGGCGACGGCGACGGCGGCAGCUGGAGAGGAAGACCUUCCCUCUGCUGCGCUCAUCUCGAGGUCGGAGAAGGAUGACCCUAGUGGGUGCACCUUCGAGACCAAGGUCCUAAACGCGCAGGGUGCGGGGUUCAGCAUGGUGAUCGUGUACGACUCUCGAGAGGAGAAUCUGUUCAAGAUGGGAAGAAGCUCCUCCAAGGGGGCGAAGCACCCGAAGGUCGAGAUACCGUUGGUGUUGGUUUCGCAUGCGUCUGGCCUGGCUUUGAAGGCGUUAAUUGAGACUGCGUCGGACACCCGUGGACCAGAGGUGUACGUGGACAACACAGACCCCUUCGGCAUGUUUGUGACGGUCGAUCUCACCAUGUUCAUGCUUGUCACCGGGUUCUUGCUGGCGCUGCUGACUUGCGGGAGCAUGAUGGUGGUGACCCUCCACCGUUACUUGCGCCGCUACGAAAGUCUGGUGGCGGGCACCAACAGGCCAAUGUCUUUGCCCGAGGUGCUGCAGCUGCCAGAAGUUCGUGUGGAGGAGGGGUCUCGCCUUGAAGGAGACUCAUGUCCGGUGUGCUUGGAGGCGUACCGAAUAGGGGACAAGCUGCGAAGCCUCCCCUGCCAGCACGCCUUCCACGCGGGGUGCAUCACGCCUUGGCUCACCCAGCGUCAAAGAAGCUGCCCCAUGUGCAAAGACCCGGUGACUCUAACGGUAGGGCUGGCUCCUCCUACAAGUAGCUCCCCCUCAUCUUCAUCUGCUUCUCCGGCCGCCCCUGCGGCCGUAAUUACCGCACCGGCGAUGCAACCUGCGCACGCAGAUGGCGUGGAGAGGGGGGACGACGGUGCCGGGGGCGACCGGUUGCCGCUGUUGUCGAAUUCGAGGGGGGCGCCGAUUGGGGGAGGAUCGAUUCAAGACACCUCCCCGGUGUAGGUUGGUGGUUGUGGUCUUGUCCCACCAGUCUACGGCUUUUGUCAUGGAAGGUCAGGUCCGAAUGGAUCAUGUAAAUGUGUAGUAGAGUGUUUGAUGAGAUGUAGACUCGUCAAGAAGACACAUGUGUGAGCAAGGUGAAGGAUGCACGGCAGGAUUAGACUAUGUGUUGAUACGGGAUAACCUUGGCCCUUGUUUUGUUCAGUGAGCGAGGACGCUCUUUGGCACUCGAAGUACGUUGUCAGCACGACAGAUAACAGUAUGAGGCCACGUACACGACCCUCGCAGCUGGGCGUGUCUGUCUUUUGGUUGGUGGAACGUUGUUCAUUUUUGUGACGUGGGCUUCUCCCCCCUCACCUGCCUGAUUCGAUUAGCAGCUUUCCCCUCCCCCCUCCGUCGUCUUGGAAUUGCCGUUACGAUGACUUCUUCACCUUUUUUAUAGUUCUCUUCACGGUUUAUUUGCAUUUGGUUAGCGUAUUGGUCGAGUAUGAAGGGGUCGUUGAGAGUUUGAUGUAGAUGAAACGCCAUGAUGGGUGGAUUUCGGUGUUCGGCCAUGCUUGGGUGAACGUGUAGUUGAGUAGGAAGCGACGCUGUGUCUGCCCGCUGGUAUAUGGACGAUCUUGCGCUCGUCGGGGCUAUUGAUGUACAAAUGGUUUUGGGCCGAUAAAUAUAUACCGUCGUCCGUCACAAAAUUGCCCUGCAAACAGCUGCUGUAGGGGAUUUCAAAUUUCGCGCUACAUGGCCAUCGGUCUUGUCGUUUGUACGAGAGGAGCUCCCCAUCUUACUUGUUGCUCGGACACAUUGUCGCGCGGUGCGUACUUUCUGAAGGGGAACAAAGCAAUCUGGAACGCCAUGUUCCCAUUCCAGCAAAUGGAAUCAAAUGGAAUGGAGCGCAUGUUCGCUGUCUUGCCUAUGGAAUACGUGCAUGUUUCUUUUCAGCUUCUUUUUUGCAUCUCACCUGUGGGUCGGCCUGUAACCACGCAAGUCAAACAUUUUGCACCAUUUACGUUUUAGAUACGGCAUAAAAAGGAUUCUACGGGCGUUUUUGAUUUUUGAUAUGAAGGCGACGUCAUCCGGUCCGGUCCGCCGGUGAAACUAGGAAGCAAAGGAGAU